AGCGUUCCUGCGAGCUCGUCAGAAAUGUGCGAGCACAAUCUCCUAAGUUCUGGCUAUGUCGCUCCCCUUUUGAAUUUCCACUCGCCAGACUCCUUGUACCUCCAAAACUUGCGAGGCAAUGGAGUGCAUCUCUCCGGGCUCCCGCAGAUGUCCUACAGUAGAAGAGAGGUGUGCUCGCUCCCGUGGAGUUCUUCAAAUUCGUGCACUGCUCCGGCCCAGAGCCGCGCCUACAGUGGCUACUCUCAGCCGUUUUUCAGCAAUUCAGCCGCUGUGAGCGCUAGCCUCAACACCCACAAAAAGGGCUCACUGGAGGAAUCCGGGAGGUACUACUUCCAAGAUGUCAGCCACAAAUCAGAGGAGCCAGGUCGACCUAAUGCAGCUUACGCAAGUGAGCAGAGCUCUGCCAGCAAUGGACUUUCAAACCUGGAAAGGCGACAGCUGAACGCAGUUGCACCCAAUGAACUGAGCUGCAUUGAACAGCCAGAGAGCGAUGCUUCAAAGCAGUCUGUCAGCUCCAUCGCUCCAUUCCAGCCGUCACUGAGCGCCCAGAAUAUCAGACCAGCUUUCACCGAUGGUACGCUCAACUUCUCCAAUGACCCUUCCGCCAUAGACACCAAUGGACUGCCGUGGUGUCCCUCACAGGUGAGGUCAAGAAAAAAGAGAAAACCUUACACGAAGCCCCAGCUAACCGAACUGGAGAACGAAUUUAUGAUGAACGAGUUUAUAAACCGACAGAAACGGAAGGAGCUUUCGGACAGAUUGGAACUGAGUGAUCAGCAAGUCAAAAUCUGGUUUCAGAAUCGCAGGAUGAAGAAAAAGAGACUCAUGAUGCGCGAGCAUACCUUCACUAUAUACUAAGAUUUUUUGUUGUAAUUGGAUUUAUUAGGGGAUCCUUCAUACAAGUGACUUUUCUUUUACGCUGAUAAAAAUACAUCUAUUUAACUGGAAAUUAAAAUUUACCACAAACCAAUUAAAAGUAAUUUAAUAUUCAAUCGGAAUAUUUUGAGUUUUUAUUUAUUUAGUAUCGCUGCAUGUGUAUGUGUCUGGUGGUGUGAAUCGAGAAUCUGAAUGAUGUAUAUAUCCGAAUAAAGUGAGCUUUAUGGUUAGGAACCACAGCAAAUUUAGGCUCGUGUAUGUUGGAUUAAAAACAUACAUUCUGGCCCCAUUAAAACUACACUGGGCAGCUAAUAUAGCUAACUGGCUCAUUAAAUAUUCAGAUGUUCCAUAACAUACCUUUGUGUUAAAAACCUAAUUUGUAUCUUGCACACUGAAUACGUUUUGUUUUGUUUUUUCUUAACCAAAAGUGUAA